AUUCUUUUCCAACUAACUAUUCAACUAUCAUCAACGAACAAUCAACUAACCAAUUCAACAAUCAUCUUGAAGAGAAUAAGACAAAGUCGUCGAAAAUUUUAUCUUCUCUACGAAAAUAAACUUUCACUUGCAUAAAAUUGGGAAUAUCUGUGUAAGAAUUUUGGACAAAACUACGAUUUGUGACUGAAUUUUGGUCGGAACUUGAUGAAAAGUGUUUUCUCUACGAAAAUAAACGUGUAAAUGCAUAAAAUUGGAAAUAUCUGUGUUGGGAAUUUAAACGAUACUACGAGUUGUGACUGAAUUUUGCUUGGAACUUGACAUAUUUCUUGUGAGACAUUGUGGUUGUGGUGUCCCACAGGGAACAGUAUCAGAUACAUUUCCAAAAUGAGUGUUAUUUGACGAAUGGUGUCCACUGUCAAAGGCUUCUGUGAGAUCAACGAAAAUCAAAAACUUUUUACAAAGACUGGGUUUUAGUUUGGGAGUUUGUGACUGAUUUUCUUGUGGACAGUAUAUUGUUGUUGCAUUGUAAUGAACUGUGUCAGUAUGGUUACCACUUGACGAAGGGCUUAGUUGUUUAGUGCUUGCCUGUUCAAAGUCCAAAAAACGUGCAGAAUCAAGUCAAAAACUGUUAACAACUUGUCUUGAAGUGAACCAAACUAAACUAUUUUUGUCUACUGCAUUAGGAGAAUGUCCAACAUUUGACAGAAACUUGUGAGAGGAGUCUUAUACAGAGACAGUUUUCAAGUGGGGUUAUUCAAGGUACUACUUUAGGACCAGUUGUAAAAUGAAUGUUCAUUGACAAAAAAAAUCAUCAAAAACUUGAGCAAGAUCUAAGAAAGCUACCAAAUAUUUUGGUAGAAUUACAAGCAUCGAUGUUCUAGUAAAUUGGUGUUCUACAAGGUACUAUUCUAGGAGUUUUCGAUAAACAGUUUAUUGAAAGCUGAAAGCUUUACCAAGAUCAGAUAAACUUUUCAAAUGCUGCGGUAAGAUCUACAAAUGUGAUGCUCUGCAGAGGUUAUCUAUAUGAGGAUCAGUGCUAAAAUACUGGGUAUUGGACAGUUUAUCAAAAGCUCUUGCUACAUCUGAAGAGACCUUCUCAAAUCAAGGAAACUUAACUACAGAAUCGCAUCGUAUCAAAUGUAAACUACUGUUGUUUGUCUGCAAACUUCAAUAAUCUCAAUUUUUUGGAUGUUCCACAAGUGAUUUGAGUUGCAGUCAAGGGUUGUCAACAGUUCAGGGCAGAUAUUGUCAGUGGUGUUAUAAGAAAUUUUGGGAGUACAGCAAUUGACAAAGUGACAGUGUUGAAAAUUCAGGAGUAUUGAGUAUAGCAAUUGACAAAUUGGGAUAACUGUCACUUCUUGGGUAGUGUUCAAGCAUUUUUGGUCAAGUUUUGAGAGCCAUAUGACAGGCAGAAUAGCCUAGAAAGUUUUUAGUGAACUGAGAUUGACACAGUGAAGUUUUAGGGUACAUUUAAGUACUAUUUUACAAGGGUUUUGGCACAGAAUAGUCUAGGGAAGUUCUAGGGUUCAUUUGAUUGCCAUUUGACAGUUGAUUUUGGGACAGUUUUGGGAAGAUUUAGGGAAAGAGUGUUCUGCUGGAGUGUUCUGAGUGACUUUUGACAAAGGGAAGUGUCGGGGUGAUUUGCUGAAGUGUCGUGUUGACCGGGGCAACAGGCGGUUGUCAAAAUUGAGCUAGCAAGGAGGGACUUGUCGCAUCAGCGCCCGGGUGCCUCUGUGGGUGGGGCGUCAUCUUUGGCGGCAGUGACGGCAACCCGCGUCGAGGCGCCCGAGGAAGGCGAGAUGCCAGAGAUACGCAAUCCUAUUGCUCAGGUGGCAGCCGCUCUCUGUAUAGUAGGCCUGGUGACAGAUGUGAUUGCAACCCUGCUAACAGGUCUGGGUCUACGGAGCAAGGACCACCGAACCAAGUACAAGUAUUACAGAAUAGCUGUCUACGUCAUGAUACUCUCAUUGGUGUGUGUCCUGUUAGCUCUUGUGGUCUAUCCAGUCUUCUUUGCCACAGAACUAAAUGAAGGUAACAGGACAGUAUGGGAGUUUGGCUGGGCCUAUGGUGUUGGCUGGGGAGCAGCCAUCUUUCUUUUUGGUGCCGUUGUUCUGUUGCUGUGUGACAAGGAAUCAGAGGAGAUCUACUAUAAGGAGCGCAAAGUUGCCGCCUAGUGCGCGGCGUCCCUGCCCGAUGUUGUGCUGUAGCGGGCAGGUGAAUCUGGCGCAGGAGGACCAAAUUAUGUGCUACAAAAUUAUGCUGCAUCAGUAGAAAAUACUGUGAAACCAACCAGAACCAAUAGUAAAGUGAUGGGAACCAAUUGUAAACCGACAACAAAACACUUGUGAUGUCUGAAAAUAUUGUGGACAAACUGACUACAUUGAAGUGUGAUGACAAAGUGUGAAUCUGACCAAAAGUGGUAUGACAAAUUGUGGCAACAAAAAAUUGUUGACAACUACAACAAUAUGUGAAGAACUAAAGCAAAGUGGGACAACAACAAAAUGGUGUUAGUGUGGAGAAGAGUGUUGACAACAAAGUGGGGUGACAAAAUGUAACUAUAACAACAAAGUGUGUUGUUGAAACCAUAGUUCGACAAUGACAUCAACAAAGUAGUAUAGUGUGAAAUGUCAACAAGGUGGGACUGCAACAAAUUGUGACAACUAUUAGCAGCUAAGUGGGACAAGUUGUGAAAAGUGUAAUUUUUUCUUCAGUCAUCAAAGUAACAUAUUAGCAAUGAGUUUUAAAACAUUACAACAUUGAGGCAGUAUGAUUCCUGGAGUGACAGUUAUUGUUAAAGAUGGACUCAUGAAUAUUGAUAUUGAAGGCUAGAUCAGAGAAAGCAAUUAUUAGUAUAUUUAUAUUGAUGGGAAAUUUAUGUUGUGUCUAAGCUUAUAAGUUUUUGUCAGCACUGAAAGUAAGCUAACAAACUUUUAGGUUAGGUGUCACAUCUCUUCAAUAACAAUUACUGUUUGUAUUUUGACCCCAGCACAAACUUAAACUGAUACAAUUUCCAUCUUUUGUUCUCAGGGAUAGUUUUAUAAUGAGGAAGGGUAGUUCUUCAACACAUCCUACUCAAAUUUGUCUUUGUUUUUGUCAAGUUUGGGUUUCCAUGCCUAUGUUCUUCUGUGGUGUAACUUGAGGCAAACAUGAAUCAAGCUGGAAUUGGAGUGCCGAAAAGGCACAGAUUAAUGCUUCAAAUUAACAAAAAGUUGAGACAGAUCUGCUGGAAACUUCCCCAGUAUCAAAACAGUCUAUCGCCUAUUCAUCAAUAUCAAGUUUUAUCUGAUUUAGGUCAAGUUUUUAGCACACUUAUUAAAUCUAUAGGUUUAAUGGUCCAUCAACUGUAAUAAGUGUCCUAGAAACCAUGCAUAGGAAUUAUUGUUUCAUUCCAAAAGCAUAUAUAUUUAUUUAUUACAGCAGAAUA